CCACCUCCCAUCGCGGCCCAAGCCAUCACAGCGUGCAUGCGAAACCCUAUGUCUGAACAGUUGCAGAACGCCCAUCUCACAGCCCCUUCAACUUCCUGACUGUGCGCCGUGUAUGCAUUUACGUCAAACGUAGCGCUUCUUCCAGGGGCUCAAUCAUCUGCCCCUCCUCUCGCUGCGCCUCCGAGUCCUCAGCUGUAUCACGGCAGAUCAACAAACAUUGAUGGACAAUGGCGUUCAAUAUUUUCAAUAGGAACCGACAAAAGAGCAACCCAGAGCUGGCAAAAUCAUUGAAGGAGGUGCUCCAACGGUACAUAAGCGAGGAGAAGGCAAACCCCAAGACCGAGGAAGAAUUAUCUCGGAGUCUUACGCAGAUGAAAACGGUUCUCCAAGGCACUACAGAGCUAGAAGUUAGUCCAGACCAGCAGCAUGGCCUUAUCUCCGCGCUUCUGCAGGAAGAUGUCCUCCUCUACCUAGCAAAGAGCAUCCAUCGGCUGCCCUUCGAGUCGAGGAAAGACACUCAGGUGAUCAUGUCCAGUGCGUUUCGGUUCAAGCCGCCGAACAGUCCAGAUCUCGACCCUAUAGCUAUAAACUGGGUCGUGAAGCGACGACCAGAAAUAAUAACGGCACUCUGCUAUGGGUACGAUCGGAAAGAAAGCGCGAUGCCGUGCGGAGGAGUACUGAGGGAAGCCUUGAAGCACGAAGUUGUUGCUGCGAUUGUCUUGUAUGAUGAGCCAAAUCCGGAUGGUAAACCUCUGGACCUGGCCAACAUAAAUCUCGAUGCUCCAGUGAGCGGAAAUGGUGUAUUUUGGAACUUCUUCGAUUGGAUAGAUAAGGGAGCUUUCGAAGUCAGCGCCGAUGCAUUCAACACUUUCAGGGAGCUCUUGACCAAACACAAAGGCUUAGUUGCACGGUAUCUACAAGCCAAUUUUGACAGUUUUUUUGCCAAGUACAAUAAAACAUUGGUACAAUCGGAAAGCUACGUCACUAAGAGACAAUCGAUCAAGUUGCUUGGGGAGAUAUUACUCGACAGAUCCAAUUACAACAUCAUGACUAAAUAUGUCGAUAUCGGGGAGCACUUAAAGAUUAUUAUGCGGUUGCUGAAAGAUGACCGAAAGAUGAUAAACUACGAAGGUUUCCACGUAUUCAAGAAGGUCUUUGUGGCAAAUCCGAACAAGUCGAUGGAAGUACAGAAGAUACUGAUUGGCAACCGAGACAAACUUCUCAAGUUUCUUCCCGCAUUUCUGCAAGACCGACAGGAUGACGACCAGUUUAUGGACGAGAAGAGUUUCUUGAUCCGGCAGAUCGAGCUGCUCCCACCGGCACCAAUGCUCACACAGCAGCCGGUAGCACGGAACUAUUAG